AUGGCUCGACCGCGCCUCUCGGCGGCUACCAUGUUGGCCCUUGCCAUCGUUAGAACGACGGCAGCCUCGAUCGAGUAUGCGUAUGUGACGGACAUGCCUGCGUUUUCCGCCCCGGAGGCCGUGGGCUAUAACAUCCAGUCGCUGACUUACGACGCGUGCCCCGAGGCCGUGUCGACACUCCAGUCGUGUGUCUGCACCAAGAGCAACAACUUCGCCAAUCUCGUCCGGGAUCUCGGUGUCUCGGUCAGCUACGAGUGCGGUUCAACGGCCAGCGAGGGCCAAGCAUCGGCCCAGAGCGUUCUCAACGCCUAUUGCAACCCGAGCAAAGACACUCUCAUUCUCAACUCCGACUGCAAAUAUGCAACAUACAACUCCACUAACCACGAAGUUCCCCGAUCUUGGGCACGCUGCCCAACCGAGGCCCCCGCGCUGGCCAGCUGCGCCUGCAAGAAGAACCAGAACUCGUUCGUGGUCAGCCAGUUGAUCAACCCGGCCAAAUCUUGGUGCGCGGGGCACAUGGCCGAUGUCUCGUCCGCCCAGGCCAUGUUUGCCGCCUACUGUGCUAUGAACGACGCCACUACCAAAGUUUCCGGUGCCGUCCACCGCCCCCCACCCCGCCGGGCGACACAACCGUACGAUCUGUGUCCCGGCGGCCCUCAGGCUCUCGCUUCGUGUGUGUGCCUCAAGGAGGGCAUGACCGGCGACGUCUUGAAGCUGGUCACCUCGUCGGUCGAGUGGCACUGCUCUUUGACUGCCACUGAAGAUAUCUCGUCCGCCGUUGCUGUGACUCCGCCAACCCGAACCGGCCGGAGUUGGCUGGCCAGUACAACUUCCCACCGCAGCAAUCGUCUUCACAUGCAGCAACAACAGCAGCAGCAGCAUCGCUACUUGCUACAUCAAGUUCCCUCGCCCGCCCAAUCUCCCCAUCCCCAGCGGAUGCAACCCGGGUAUCAAUCAUAUAACGCAGGAACACCACUCCCCGGGUUGUAUGGACAGCAGCAGCAGCAGCAGCAGCCACGACCAGAGGCAUCAUGGCGGGCGGGGCCAGUUCCGGACUUGCAUGAGAUGGACGCGGGUCAUCGGGCGGGUGGGAUGGAGCAGAGGUGA